UUUAAUGUUGUUUUAUUCGCAGCGUGCAGAUUGGAACAAAUUCAUCACUUGCUGAAAUUGUUCUGAUGCGAUAAAACAAUUCAUUAAUAUAAUUUUAGAAAGGGAUGAAGCUCGGUGAAAACUUUCGAAAUCCAAGUGAUAUAUUAUCAGACGACGAAGAUAUGGAUGAAUUAGGUGACAACGAAGAAAAUGGUGACUUUCCUAUACCAAUAAUUCCAGAUCUGAACGAUUCUGAUGAAUUUGAAGAACCAGAUUUUGAGGGCGAUGGUUACAGUUCCAUUUCAAUCUCAAGUACAGAUUCUUUAAUGGAUGAUAGUGAUGAAGAAAUCGAGAUGUCAAAAACUACAACUAAAUCUGUUAACGCAAAUGAAAAUGAUGACUCUAAUCCCAGAGCUUCCAGUAGUGGUGAUGCCCAAAAAUCGGCUGUGUUAGAAUUAAACGGAAGUGAUGAAGAUGACGAGACAGUAAAGGCAAUAAUUGCAGCUAUAAAGAACCCACGUACUACACCACCAGAUAUUAAUUUAGAAGACUGUGUAACAGAUGUAUGUUUUCAUCCAGAACAAAACAUUAUUGCUAUAGCAACCGUCACUGGUGAUGUUUGUCUAUACAAAUUAGGAAAUGAGAAAAAUACACUUUUACGAACAAUAGAGGUGCAUGCUAAGUCAUGUCGUGAUGUUGAAUUCUCAGAGGAUGGUAGAAAUUUAAUAACCUGUUCCAAAGAUAAAUCAAUUAUGAUAACAGAUAUGCAGACAGAACGCUUAAAGAAGUUUUACGAAAGUGCACAUGAUGAUGCAAUUAAUAAAUUACAUGUGCUUGAUGAAAAUUUAUUCGCAACUGGCGAUGAUAGUGGCACUGUUAAAUUGUGGGAUUUACGUACAAAAAACGCAAUUUUCGCACUCAAAGAGGUUGAGGACUACAUUACUCAAAUUCUUACAAACGAUGCAAAAAAAUUGUUGCUAUUCACAAGUGGUGAUGGAUAUUUAACAACAAUUAACAUAGGCGCUAGAAAACUUUAUGUUCAAUCCGAAGAAUAUCAAGAGGAGUUUACUUGUAUGGCUACAUAUCGUGGUGACUCAAAAUUAGUAGUAGGCACUUCGAAAGGUCGCCUUUACACAUAUAAUUGGGGACAAUUUGGGUAUCAUAGUGAUAUGUUUCCUGGCAUAGAUACACCCAUUAAUGCAAUGAUACCAAUAACAGAUCGCAUUAGUUGCAUUGCAAACGAAGACGGCCACAUACGUGCGUGUCACGUUGCACCCUUCCGUAAUCUGGGUAUUGUCGGACAACACUCAAUGCCCGUAGAAUGUUUAGAUAUAAGUGCAGAUGGCGAAUUAAUUGCAUCAGCUUCACAUAACAAUGAUGUACGGUUUUGGAAUGUUAAAUACUUUGAAGAUUUCGGUGAUAUCAAGUAUAAUGAAAAACAUAAUAAAGCUAAAGAAAAACGUCACAAUUUGCCUUCAUCAAAAUUUUCAAAUGCAUCAGAUUUCUUUGCAGACUUAACUAAAGAACCUACAGCAAGUGAUGAGUAAACUGUUUAAUACCUUUAAAUAGGUAUUUUAUAUAUUGUUAAGAAAACUAUUAAAAAUGUAAUUAUAAAUUUAUUUUAAAUAAAUUAUAUAUAUA